AUGAAAGAAGAACCAGAGGAGCAGCCGCUGCCACAGAUCCUGACUGUGAGCACGAAGAGAGAGCCACAGGACGAUGAAGACUGGGAACCUGCAGCUCGUGGCUCCAGGAAAUCUGCUGAGAGAAAGCUGUCGGGGGCCGGGCCCUCAGGGGCCUCUGUCCCGGAGAGAAACGGGAACCUGCGCUGCCACCUGCGGGUGCAUCAGGCCGAGAACCUCCGCCGUCUGUACGUCGAGGAGCACAUGAGGAAGCAGAGCCAGUGA